UGUCACCUUGGUUGUCAAUGUCUUAAUUCAGAAGAGAAAAUAAUGGCCGGCGAAGUGGAACUAGCAAAAACUGCCGCUCCAGGCGGUGAUACUAUUUUCGGGAAGAUUCUAAGGAAAGAAAUUCCCGCUAAGUUCGUCUAUGAAGAUGACCAGUGUGUAGCUUUCCAUGAUGUGAACCCUCAAGCACCAACCCACAUCCUGGUGAUCCCUCGGAAACCCAUCCCGCAGCUAUCUAAGGCUGAGGAUGGUGAUGAACAGCUUCUUGGUCAUCUGCUAACCGCCGCUCGUAAAAUAGCAGCACUAGAAGGUCUAGACAAGUCUGGUUUCCGUCUGGUCAUCAAUGAUGGGCAGAAUGGAGCUCAGAGCGUCUACCAUCUUCAUAUUCAUAUUCUAGGCGGUCGGCAAAUGCAAUGGCCGCCCGGUUAAGUUGUAGUCUGUGAUGAAUAAAUGCUUACGGUUA